AUGUCGCCCCCUUACCUCCUCCCGCUGCCCAAUGUCGCGACCCUGCCGCCCAAGCUGCAGGCCGCGGUCGACGACAUCGAGCAGCAGUUCGACUUGCCGACAGACAAGUUGCGCGAGAUCACCGACCAGAUGCUGUGGGAGUACAACAAGGGCUUGUCCGAAUUGCCCACGGACGAGACGAGGGACACUUUCGUCCCGAUGAUCCCCUCCUACAUCCAGCACAUCCCGCACGGCAAGGAGAAGGGCACCUUCCUCGCGCUCGACCUUGGCGGCACCAACCUGCGUGUGUGCGAGGUCGAGUUGCUCGGCGACAGCAAGUGGCGCAUGAAGCAGCAGAAGUACCGCGUCUCGGACGCCCUCAAGGUCGGAGAUGUCACCGCCUUGUUCGACUACAUCGCGGGUUCCGUCGACCACUUUUUGACCGAGAUCGGCACGACCGCGAGCGAGGACGAGAAGCUCCACCUCGGUUUCACCUUCUCGUUCCCCGUCGCUCAGACUGCGCUCGCUGCGGGAACCCUCAUCAACUGGACAAAGGGCUUCGAGUGCAAGAAUGCUGUCGGCAAGGACGUCGUCCAGCUCCUGCAGGACGCCCUCGACCGCAAGCACAUCCACGUCCGCUGCUCGGCGCUCGUCAACGACACUUGCGGCACCUUGAUGGCCGCCGCGUACGAGCGCGGCGACUGCUUGUGCGGCGGUAUCUUUGGCACGGGCACGAACGGCGCCUACGUCGAGAGUAUCGACAAGCUCACCAAGAUGGGCUACCAGGCAGACGAGCUCGAGCGCAACAAGGAGCAGGGACUCGACAAGAUGGUUGUCAACACCGAGUGGGGAGCGUUCGACAACGAGCGCAAGGUGUUGCCGUUCACCAUCUUCGACAGCCGCGUCGACCGCAUCUCGAUCAACCCUCGGAAGCAGGCGUACGAGAAGAUGAUCUCCGGAAUGUACCUCGGCGAAGUCACCCGCAACGCGCUCCUCCACCUCGUCGACUCGCAAGUCCUCUUCAACGGUUUCUCCUCGCAGAGUCUGAACCGCCACUACGGCCUCGACACGGCGAUCAUGUCCGCCCUCGAAGCGCCCUUCGUCCCCAACUCUCCCCAGUCCGGCGACGCCCUCACCGCCAUCCGCCAAGUGCUCACCUCGGAACUCGGCAUCUCCGCCUCGCUCAUCGACGACGCAGACUGCCUCGCCGCCGCACGCAUCUCGGAAGUCGUCGGCACGCGCGGGUGCAGGCUCUCGGCUUGUGCGAUCGCGGCGACGGUUAGGCAGACGGGCGGCGACGCGCGCGACUGGCCAGAGGCGAAGAAGAUCAUCUUUGGUCUUGAUGGAAGCUUGGUCGAGUUCUAUCCGAGGUUUGAGCAGAGGGUCAGGGAUGCGUUGAGGGAGUUGCUUGGAGACGAGGUGCAGAAGAGGGUCGACAUCGUUUUGGCGAAGGACGGUUCCGGCGUCGGAGCCGCACUGUGCGCGCAGGCCGCCCAGGCGAUGGAGCAGAAGGGCGCCGCGACCGUCACCAAGUAA